AUGUCCACCUUGACUAUCGCCGUGGCGGACUACUUUAAACCUGAGGUGGCCCUGGUGGCUGUGGGUCAAAAUCUGUUGAAUCCAGGUCAACAGAAGACGGCUGGAUCCGUCAAAUCUAAAACCCAACCUCUGUCGAGAAGUUCCACUCCUAAGCCCGCUCCUUUGAUGGCAACUUUGUCCAUGGCUGACUUGUCUGAUUUGUCUGUUUUGCCAGACAGCCCAAUCCUGUGCUCCGCCCCAAGCCUAGGAGGUGCGUUCACCCCAACACAAAAAAUCCUCUCAGCUAAAGCUGAAUCCAAAGAUGAUUCCAGCACCGGUGCUCUGUGGGUACGCAUGAAGCCAGUGACUGGCAGUAAGGCUAAUGCUUCUGUGCCCUCUUUCGUGCCUGCACCAAAACCGGCUAUCAGCCACAAGCCCGCGAUUUCCACGGAGAUAAGCAAAAUGCCGGAGGCUAAUGCCACAACUAUCAUCAAAGUAAAACCACCUCAAAAUGAAUAUGUUUGCGUUGACGAGGUGAAGCAGGUAAUUCAGGCAGCUAGACCCGGCUGGACAAUCCCAUCGGUGGAUAUUCUGAAGCCCAUCGCCGGAAACAACACUCUCAGAGCUGCUAUAGCCGCUAAGUCUGCUGCUUCAUUCAUCGAUCUCUCAGCUACCAAGCUUGUACCUGCUGUUUCUUCCUUGCCCGUUACUGCAGAAUCGGCUCUUCCUGCCAAUGCUCCACCUUUGCGGAAAUUGAAGUCUUCUCUCAAAGUGUCUUCUUUGACUAAACUGUACUCUACCUCUAACAUCUCACCAAAGUCUGUUAGAUUUGCCUCUCAUCUUGCAAAUGUCAAGACUUUUGAUGGAAGAGACUCGCCUUCUACUGUUUCUCUCCAAAACUCGCCAUCGGGGUCUCCUACAUACUCAUUUGCAUCCCGUGACUACUUUUCAGUGCGUCACAACUUCACUGAUUUGACUUUUUCUGAUGAUGAUGUUUCUUCUGACUCAGACAUGGAGGUUUACCAGGAGUUCACCAAGGACAAGCAUUACAAAAUCACCCGCAGUAAUUUCUCGGCUCCCAAGAACAUUUAUGAUAAAAGGGACCGUCCAGUUUAUUUGCAGCAGGCCUCAUUAAGCACAGAUAAGAAGCUGUUGAUUCUCACCAUCAUGUGUCAAAACUUAGCUUUUGAAAAGAAGUUGUCUGUGAAGCUCACUCUUAACAAUUGGAAUAGUGUCUUGAUUUUCAACAAUUACACAUACAUGAAGCUGUUCAGCUCUGUGAAUUUCGACCAAUUUCAAUUUGUUAUUCCUUUCUCGCACUUCCCCUCAUCGAUCAACCCUCAAUUCUGCAUUCGUUAUGACGUCAACAACACCACUUACUGGGACAACAAUAAUGACAAGAAUUAUGCUUUUUCAUUGAGCGCAGUGCAAGAAGUAGCCAUGGAUUCAUCCAGCUUUUUCAACACUUCUAAGCCAGUCAACCAGUCACAGAAAUCUACUGCAACCUUCAGUAACUUUACUCCAUCUUUCAGUGCAAACACUUUCAUCGGCGCUGCAAAUGCUGCCACAAAUGCUUCUGUUAAAUCCUCGACUUCUAUGUCUUCUACUAGAACCCUUCCAUCCACAGUUCCCUCAGCUGCUAAUAAAACCACUUCAGCUGUUGCCUCUAAGGCAUCGACUUUCACUAAUGUCAGCUCUUCAGCUACAAACAAUGCUGCCGCUUCAUACACAUACAGCAAAACUAACUACAGCGAGCUUAUUAAUAAAUUAUUGGAGGCUAAGUCGGAAUUGGACAACAACACUCAGAAGAUUACCGCUGGUUCGGUAUCUUCUCAGAGACCAGCAUUAGUCCAUGCUCAUUCUAUGUCAUCCAUUCCCUCCGCUUCAUCAUCUAUCACAGGACCCAAGUUUUCUCAGUCCUACUUGUCUAGAAGGGCACCUUCAAUGGUCGCUCCUACUCCUGCUCCUGCUCCUCAAAUGAGUUCUGUCACAUCAGUAACUCCUAUCACCCAAGUGAAAGCCACAGCCUCAAAGCCAUUGCCAAUUUCUCGCUCUUCCAGCGCUUCUACAAUUGCCUCAAGCAACGACUUUUCAGACACUAAGUUUAACUCGUCGUCAUAUGCUGCUUUGUUGGCUAACUAUUGUUUCAAUGGUAAUGAUGCUGCCAUGGGUUCGUGUCCUAUGGAAUCUUUGGCCGGUUCUCGUGCCUCAUCCAGUUCUUCAGUCAAUUCUGACUUUAUGGGGCCUUCGCUGGCUACCUUCCACUCGUUGAGUGAUUCAUUUCAUGUCUAA